AUGUCAGGCUGGCAGAUUGUGGCUUUUCUUAGCGGCCUGGCCGGGCUCGGUGCCACUAUCGGUGCCACAGUGUCCAAUGAAUGGAGACAGACCAGCCGGGCAUCCUCAGUCAUCACAGCGACCUGGGUGCUCCAGGGUCUCUGGAACAACUGUGCUGGGAAUGCCAUCGGAGCUCUGCACUGCAGACCACACCAUACUAUCCUUCAGCUGGAAGGCUACAUCCAAGCAUGCAGGGGACUGAUGAUUGCAGCCAUCUGUCUGGGUUUUUUUGGUUCUAUUUUUGCCCUUGUUGGAAUGAAAUGCACCAAAAUCGGAGGAACAGACAAAAACAAAGCCAGGAUUGCCUGCAUUGCUGGCGUGAAUUUCCUACUAAGUGGCCUCUGCUCACUUUCAGCAUGUUCCAUCUAUGCGCAGCAGAUAACAGCAGAGUUUUUUGACCCAACAUAUAUCGCACAGAAGUAUGAACUGGGAGCUGCGCUUUUUAUCGGCUGGGCAGGUUCUAUCCUCUGUAUCCUCGGAGGCAUCAUACUCUGCUUCUCCAUCGCAGGUUCUUUUAGCAAAAGCCACAGUCAGACAAACUAUAUCUACAAAGGUGCUGCCUCACAUUCUCAUAUCUCCUCCUACCCAAGAGGGCAAGCAAAGUCUGUAAACCAGAGGCCGCCUCCAGACUACAGCAACUCCUCCAGGAUGCAGCACUUUGAUAAGAAUGCAUAUGUGUGAGAGAUGUGAAUAUAAAACACUUUUAGUCGAAGUCACUGGUGAGUCUUUAAAGAUCUACUGGGUCUUAAAGGUACAGUAUGCUGUAUGAAACUUGAUAGUUUCUGUGUAAUAGCAGCAGAAUUUAGAAUAUAAAAAAGCUUCUUCCAGGAGUCCAGUCUUAAAGUUGUUAUGCUGAUCUCUGAUCUUGAGGAAUUUCUAUUUUCUAUACAGUAAAGCCAUUGUAUAUACCA